GCGGCGGCUCCACCAACAAGCGUGGCUUUAAAGCCAGCUGUACUGUAAUUAGGAGACAAGCAGAGCUGUCUGUAAUUGGUAAACAAGUAGUCGGGGUUGUUUGCGGCUUCGUUAUGAACCUGAUGGUAUGUCGAGUGUUACUGUAAAAGGGCUCCGUGAUUGAGUCUGCGUUGCUUUGUUUUCUUUCUGCUUGGUAGCACUGUUAGAUCACUCGGUAUUAAUACAUCAUCGGGGCUGACUGUCAGCUCCGUGCAAUCCAUGCAGAGGGAGACUGAGGGGAGAUGGAGCAGAGCAACGCGUUAGUAAAUGGAGAAGGGUCCAGAUGUGCAGCUAACCCAUGAUGCAACAUGUGUCCCCAGCACCUGCAGUGACAAUGAUGGCCACCCAGAGCAUUCCUCCACCAUCGUACCAGGAGAGCCAACAGAUGACGGGCACCACUCAGCAGAACACCAAGACCCCACAGGUCCAUAUCCCAGCAGCCUCUGCAGCAGCAAAUACCUCUGUCAGUGUGACCCUUGACCCCCAGGCCCAGCUUGAGUCCGACAAGAGGGCCGUUUACAGACAUCCAUUGUUCCCUCUGCUGGCGCUGUUGUUUGAGAAAUGUGAGCAGGCCACGCAAGGAUCUGAAUGCAUCACAUCAGCCAGCUUUGAUGUGGACAUCGAAAACUUUGUGCAUCAGCAGGAGCGAGAACAUAAGCCCUUCUUCAGUGAAGAUCCAGAGCUGGACAACUUGAUGGUGAAGGCCAUUCAGGUGUUGCGAAUCCACCUAUUAGAGUUAGAGAAGGUCAAUGAGCUCUGUAAAGAUUUCUGCAACCGUUACAUCACCUGCCUCAAGACCAAGAUGCACAGCGACAACCUCCUCCGUAAUGACCUCGGAGGACCCUACUCUCCGUCACACACCAGUCUCAACAUGCAGCAGGAACUAAUUCAGACCUCCUCUCCAUCCAUGACCUCUGUCUCCAGCUCUGUUAACCCUUCAGGGAUAUUGGUGCCCGCCGGGGGUCUGCAACAGAGCAAUGUCGCCAUGACUACCAUCAACUCUCAAGUGGUAUCGGGUGGGACCCUGUACCAGCCGGUUGCCAUGGUGACAUCGCAAGGGCAAGUGUUAACGCAGGCACUGCCGCCGGGAACCAUUCAGAUCCAGAACUCCCAGGUGAACGUGGACCUGUCGUCCCUGUUGGACAGCGAAGACAAAAAGUCCAAGAAUAAGAGGGGGGUCCUGCCCAAACAUGCCACCAACAUCAUGCGCUCCUGGCUCUUUCAGCAUCUCAUGCACCCGUACCCGACAGAAGAUGAGAAAAGGCAGAUUGCAGCACAAACAAAUCUAACCCUUUUGCAAGUCAACAACUGGUUCAUCAACGCCCGCCGGCGUAUCCUCCAGCCCAUGUUGGACGCCAGUAACCCGGACCCAGCUCCUAAAGCCAAGAAGAUGAAGUCCCAGCACCGUCCGACACAGCGCUUCUGGCCGGACUCCAUCGUGGCGGGAGUUCUGCAGACGCACAGAUCAGGAAACAACUCAGACAACCCACUGAGCAUAGACAGCCUCCAGUCCCUGUCCUCAGACUCGGCCACCCUGGCCAUGCAGCAAGCCAUGCUGGGAGCCGACGACUCCAUGGACGGCAGCGAGGACGAGGAGGAAGAGGAGGAGGAAGAGGAGGAAGGAAUGGAAGAGGAAGAGGAGGACGAGGAGGACGAGGAGGAGGAAAAUGAGACGGGGAGACAGAUGGCCAGCGGAGGAGGAGGAGGAGGAGGAGGAGGAAGGAGAGAUCUGCGCAUGGAGCACCAAGAGGAACUGGAAUAGGCCACCACAGGAAGAGACUGUAUGAACUUUGACCUGAGCUGUCCCCAAAAUACGCCUCAUUCAAACUAGGACAGCUUUGAUGAGAGGGGACUCUGGAGCGCACGCGUGGCAUAUUAGGUUUUGUCCAAAUUCAUCAGAGACUCUAAUGCAGAGCCACCAUGGAGUGUAACGAUGAAUAGGUGUUGUUUCAUUUAUACUAUUGUAUGUUCUCAUGCAGUGAGCUCUUGAAAUAUUCGGAUAGUAGCACAUUUUUUUUACUCCAUAGCUCCUGUUUUUGUAUGGACAGAAAUGGCACAAAGGUUGGAAAGAUUUUACUGCCAGUUUUAAAUGAAGACGUUUGAACCACUUUAGAGUAACAGUUGAAGGAGUCUGAUACUCUCAGAAAGCCAUGACAUUUUUAAGUCUGUUAAACGAGAAAACAGGAGAACGAUGAGUCUCGAGUAGUUGCACAUGCACAUCAACAAACUGCAGUAAAAGAAAAAAAAUUUGCACAGUGAGAUUUUUUGACUGUACGUGAAAAACAACUACUCAAAUUGAAUGUAAUCUUGGCAUCGUGAAAUGAGUUACAAAAAGCAGCUUUUGAAAAAGUGCUCUCAAUUUUCCAACCGACCGUCUGCACCUUAACUUUGCAGUCCUUGUGUCAUUUUGCUUCCUAGAAUAAGAGCGAGGAGCUAAAAGAAAGCUGAAAUGCUGUCCAAAUAUCUGCAGAAGUGACUAUAUGCGUUUGGCUUCCACUGCUGGGACAUCAUUCACGCCUUUUAAAAUGACUCAUAGGUUCUCAGGUCGAACGGCACUCAUUCGGCGAGUUUCUUCCUCAUGAGCGAGACACUUGACUCAUUGCUGCAGCAAACCUUUUAGAGCAUGACUUUAAAACAAUGUUAGAUCAUUUCUUUCGUUCAUUUUUCUUCUCCCACGAGCAAAGAAAAACGUAGUGAACCCGUGUAUGCUGACUGCACAUAUAGGUAGGUAUGUAUAUCAGAUUUUUCAUAUGUUUGCAUUCUGGUGUUGAAGGGGUUUGCAUAUUUAUUCUAUUUUCUUUUUUUUUUGCGUGGCCUCAGAAGGUAGCUUUAAGGAACAACAUGACGAUGACAGUUGCUUCUGCAUAUACGGUAACCAGGGUGCGAUUUGUGUUGAUCACGCACGACAAAACAAAACAUGCAAGAAUUAAAUCCCCCUUCCAAUAACAUGGAGAGGCAGUACGGUGGCUCAGUGGUUAGCACUUCUGCCUCACAGCAAGAAGCUUCCGGGUUCGAACCCAGGUCGUCCCAGGCCUUUCUGUGUGGAGUUUGCAUGUUCUCCUCGUGCUUGCGUGGGUUUGCUCCGGUUUCUUCCCAUCGUAAAGACAUGUAUGCUAGGCAACUAGGACUACAGUUGAAAAUUAUCCAAUUGGCUAACACUGGUGCAUUUACCAAAAUGUUCAUUAAUGUGCAUUGUCCUAAUAAAAUAAAUUAAAUAUAGUGCCACUCGGUCACACCACAUCACUUAAUUAUGCACUUCAAUAUUCAAUGGAAAACACAGCGCUUUCAAGCCAGAGAGCGGAGUUCAAUUCACGGCAAAAAAAAAGUACGUUCACCCAGGAAACGCUCGUUCGUUCCUCGUGGAUUGUCAUAAUCCAAAUCUUAUUGGCGAUCUUUUUCAUGAACUUAACGAGUCGUUUUGCUGUCUAAACUUAACUGUCAUUGCCACAUGACGCUCACUUUUUUCUGACUAACCUCCACUACCACGGCCCCUGAAUGGACCAUCAUCUGGUGGUGCCUGUAGCCGGCUCUCAGUCACCUGUUGGCGGCUGAACAACUGCUGGUAGCCGGCGUCCCGGAGCUCUGUAGAGGCUAAAUACAACCAGCAGCUGCUAAUCUGAUUUUAUCAUUCUAUCGCACUAUAGACUGUUCACGUUACAGCGCUUUACUAAGUUUAAAAUACUUUUAGGUAUAUAAUAGAUGGUCUAUUAGUGAAGUAGCAUUGAUCACUUUGAGGGGGGGGAUACAUUUUGUCCCCACUGGGGAUAUGUAGACCAGAACGGGUAAUAUCCCACGCAACCCCCCACCCGGAAAAUCGCACCCUGACUGUAGGUUUGGCAAACUUUCUGAAUAAUGCUAUGUGUUAGCCGGUGGCCAUGAACGUACUUGACUUCAACCAUCAAGUCGGUCUUUUGCUUGCUAGUGUUUUUUUGUUUUUUUUGUUGUGACCUUUGUGAUUCUGUCCCAGAAUAAGAGGAUGGCGAGCAGCGCCAGUCACUCCAAACUGUCUCCGCCACAGCUCAACACAGAGACGCCCAAUGACUUUGGAAUCCCCAACCCGACAGAUCCAGCGUCUUUUUACUGACAAACCUUUUCAAGGAGACAAAAAGAGACAGAAAGAGAGGACGGAAACUCAGUGGAAACGUCUCUUUCAGUUUCACGUGACGGAUUUUGAAGAAACUGUGAAACAAUGUCAGCUCUCUGUUUUGUACUAAAACACGCAAAUGGAGUCGCUCGUUUCUAAUGUGAAGAUGUCUAGAAAAAGAAAAAAAAACCAUGUUAAAUUGAAUGUUCUGAUUGUUCAUUGUGAAGUAUGUUGCUCAUUAAUAUUCUUUUCUUGAUUGCUUUUUUUUUUUUUUUUUUUUUUAAAUGGAUCUUCCGGAGCAAGUGACAGACAAUAGGGACUAUUUCUAUUUCAUUUGUACACUUGGUUGUCAUAAUCUAUUGUGUUUCAAUAGACCGAUUUUAAUAAUUAAAACAUGUAAAGGUA